UGCAAGUGCAACUGAUUAAUUUGUCAAUUAUUGAACAGCUAAUAAGGAAUUUCUUAACUUUUAGCUUUUGCCUUUGGCCAAUUUUAUUAUUUUUCUGGUCAUUAUUAAAGCAAGGGUGAUACAGUAGCUAACUAGCUAACGUUAUUUAACUAGCUACAAAUGCAAAUUUUUCAAAAUGAAUAUGAAAUAUCCAAACCUAUAGUAGCUAGUUAACUUCUAGCUAACUUUGGAUAACAUUAUUUUUGCAUGUAAUGAGUGCUUGUCAUGUCAAUGAUGGAUAACAAUUCAACAACAACGUUGAGUAUUGAAAAUGUCCAGAUUAAUGGUCUAUGUGAAAAAUGUUAACCUGUAUGUAUGGUUUCCGUAGAUUGAACCAACCGGUUCAUGACAUUACAGCGCAGUCAGUCAUGUCCAGACUACAUCACCUGUAUGGCCUGUUGAGGUACCUAAUGAUGUUACUCAGUGGCAUCAUAUUUUUCCCCCACGGGACACCAUCUUCAAUCAGAAGGUCCUACAAUCUAGUCAUUCUAACUCUAUGGUCCAUCUCUUCCCCCCUCCAGGUGAGUGGCCUUGUGCUGUUUGGCCUAGGCGUGUGGAUCAGGUACGGGGCGGCCACCUUUGUCCAGGUGAUGGGUUCUUUCUCGGCACAGCUGGUGACCAUCAGCUAUGUGUGUAUGUGCCUGGGGGCCAUCCUGUCUCUGCUGGGGUUCAUUGGCUGCUACGGGGCCUGGAGCGAGAACCGCUGCCUCAUCAUGCUGUAUUUCUUCAUCGUGUCAAUGAUGUUUACAGCUGAGGUUACUGGGGUUAUUUUCAUCUUGGUGUACAAAGAUCUGGUGGAGGUUACGAUUCGUGGAGCCAGUAAGGACUCUUUACGGAUGUCCUAUAUGGGACCAACGGCUGCAGACCCCAUAUCAACAGCCUGGAACACCAUCAUGGUCCAUUACAAGUGCUGUGGCUUUGACAACUCCACGGCUGACUUCAAGAACUCUGUGUUCAGUGCUAACACUGGCCUGUUGUACCCCAAGACGUGCUGUGUUGACCUGACGAGCAGCGCCUGCGACGGCCUCGACACCACCCAGGGCCUGAUACACCCAAAGAGCUGCAUUACCAAACUGAUCAAUGUGAUCCAGGACCAGAGCGUCAUCUUUGGCUCCACCGCUUCUGGCAUCUGUGUUAUGGAGAGCGUUCCCAAGAAUGGCGCGAGYCGGGACUUUGAAUCAUCSGGUAACGGUCCAGUCGACGAACAGGAGCCUAUUCGGGGAACGGUCAAAGUAGUCAAACUCAACCCCAAUAACCUGGGUCUGUCGGGUCUUUUUAGACGAGGCGGGAUUUCCCUCCGAGGUGCGCCCGGUCCGAGGAUGCCUUUCCCAGCCUUCUUGUCCUCGGGUCGCCCUGGCCCUCCUGCCAAAGCAGCUGCGGUGCCUCUGCAUCCACUGUCACAUCUGCACCACGMCAGUCAGGGCAAUGGCGGGGUGGGUAUGAAGAAGAGGCAGGGAUUUGAGAUGUGGCAGAGGGCCAUGGAUAAGAGCGAYCACAGUAAGACCAUGUCCAUGUCGCUGCCCCUCAGUCUGAAGGACUCUGCCAACAGACAGAGCUGCGCCGCGGUGCCUUUUACUCAGCGGAUAACGUCGGAGGGCUGCAACGCGGUGACAGUCCACAACAAACUGUGCUUCGGUCAAUGCAGUUCGCUGUUCGUCCCGUCUGGUUGGGAGUCUGCCAGGCUGACGGGUGCAGGGGGACACCGCCGUGCGCCCUGUUCCCGUUGCGCUCCAUCCAAGGCCCACACGGUGACCGUGCCUCUGCGCUGUGGGAUGGAGGUGCGGGAGAAGCGCGUGAUGGUGGUGGAAGAAUGCAAGUGUGAGACUGGUCGCGAGGAGGGGAAUAUCGGGGCUGUGGCCUCCAUGCACUUGUAACUGAAGAUACUGUAGUUUAAGGGCGACAUUUUCCUAGUGCAAAAGCUCUGUGCGAAUUAGAAAACGCCCACUGCGAGAUUAUAAUGAAGUUUACAGUAUUUUUUGCACAUUGCAACGCAACAUUUUUGCACUACGAAAAUAUCGCCCUAAAUGCUUGUUUCCCCCCUCACAGCACCUGCUCUAGCCUAUUUUUAGACUCGAUUAUUGUUUUUGGACAGAAAAUAUUUAUAUCGUGAUGUCAGAUGUGGACAUUGAUUAUGUUUAUUGUAUGUGUGAGUCUGAAUUUCUAAUUCAGAGAAAAACGAUUUGGAGACAAGUGCCACCAAUGAUUGUUGACAAGUGACUAACAUUUUUUAGUCAUGAACAUUUCUGUUCAACCCUUUGGCAGAAUGAGUCAUCCACUCUGGACAAGUGUAAUAAUGUUGAACAACUUGUUUAGUUUCAUCUGAACUGAACUGCAUUUUGUUUUUGUGAAAUAAAAAUGUCAAUCUAU